AUGUUUAGCUUUCGCACCAGCAAGCAGGAGCUCAACACGCGGCCUAGGGAUAGUAUUGACUCCCCGGCGAGUCUGAAAAACGUCCCAUUGGAUUCUAAAGAAGCAAUUACAGAGGAGAAGAAGUUAGUAGAUAAAAUACUCUCCCUUUAUCAAGCGGCCUGGCUUGGCAUCUAUCAAGCCCAUGACAAAGUCGGACGAAGUCACGCCUCUCGACUAGCUGAGCUCUUUUACGGCGCAGGGAUGUCCUCCUAUGUCGACAAGGACGAGCAAGAGCCCAGCGACCUUCACAGGAAUACGCGAGGAAGGUGGAAAGCGGAAACCCGCGUGCUAGACCCUCUGUGGACAGCUCUGUCUAAGGAAGGCCUAUCGAGUCUAAAGCUGUUCGAGGGACUGUCUGUCGCAUCGCUAGAAUCAGUGAUUGAACUGGUUGAGGCAUAUGUGAAGGAGGUAGCCAGUGUGAAUGCUUUGUAUAAAUUACUGCGGGAUCUUCAGGUGGGAUUUCGGACUCCAACGGAGGAUGACGAACAGACUGUUCUAAAGAAGUUUGUGCCCGCCUUGAAUGACUUUGCAAGGCGACUUCGUCAUCUAGACGCAAGACUGAAUGUUCUUGUUACAGACCUGGAGGAGGAGUUUUGGAAUAAGCAUGGGGCAGUCAAGGGAAGGGAGGGGUGGCGAGUGCAUGAUGUCCUUUUUCCGCGGUCUUCGGCACGCACUGGAAAGAAAAUAAGCCUCAGUUCAUCCAUGAAAGUCUAG